AUGACGCCAUUGGCAAGGUUCCCAGCACCAGACGCGCGAUUUGAUCACGUGCACUUGGACAUUGUGGGACCCCUGCCACCUUGCAAUGGCCAAUCAUAUUUGCUCACUUGCGUGGACAGAUUUACACGCUGGGUUGAAGCUGUGCCCAUCGCAGACAUCACUGCUGACACAAUCGCUCAUGCGUUCCUGUACAACUGGGUCGCUCGCUUUGGCGCACCGUCCACAGUUACAACUGACCGAGGAAGGCAAUUUGAGUCUGCUCUUUUUGCUAGCAUAACACGGCUGAUAGGCACCUCUCGCAUUAGAACGACUGCCUAUCAUCCUCAGAGCAACGGCAUGGUGGAACGUUUUCACCGCCAACUGAAAGCAGCUCUCAUGGCAACUCAGGGACACAGCUGGACAGAAGCGCUACCGCUCGUCCUUCUUGGCAUCAGAACAGCAGUGAAAUCCGAUAUUGGCUGCAGUUCCGCAGAGCUGGUCUACGGGACAACGCUUCGCCUGCCGGGCGAAUUUUUCACACGUUGUGAAGAUGAAAGACCUAUUUCUGCCGGAGACUACGCCAGCCGCUUACGCGACAUUAUGAGCAAGCUUCGUGCCACGCCGCCUCGUCAACCGACGCCGCGACCGACCUAUAUGCACCCGGAACUGUGGUCAUGCUCCCAUGUGUUUGUGCGGCGCGACGCGGUGACGCGCCCUCUCCAGCCACCGUACGAUGGGCCCUUCAAAGUGCUCACCCGCUCCAGCAAGCAAUUUACGGUGGACAUCCGCGGUCGACGCGAGGUGAUAUCUACAGACCGCGUGAAACCGGCCCAUAUUGAGAACUCAGAACAGGCGUUUCCGGGUGUCAUGGCACCUCCCACCAGAGCAACAUCAGAAACUGCUACUGCACCACGAACAACGCGCAGUGGGAGGCGCAUCACGGUGCCCGUUCGCCUUGACCUUUAA